AUGUCUUAUUACGAGAAUAACCAGCAAGGCAAUUCUGCUAAUUAUCCACCGCAAUACGUCAAUCCAGCUUCACUGUCUAGCGGUGAGCAACAACAAAGCAACACAGAUGAUAGUUUCAAGCUCGAUACCAUCACGUCAACAAGAUUCCCUACGCCACCUUCAUCGAAUGAGCAUCUUAUUGAGUUGGAUGGUGGACCAACGGGUGAUUUCAACAUUGGGUACAAUUUUCUCCCAACGCCGGAGUCGUCGCCAUAUGAGAGCGACUUCAAUUUGGAGAUUCCAUCUGCACCUAUGAGCCACGCAAUGAGCCAAGAGAUUUCAAGUGACAUGUCGAUAGGUAUGGCGAACAAUUUCGGCAACUCACUCGGAAUGUUUUACCCUACACCACCGACAUCCUCGAUGGGAUCGAUGCAGAGCAACAUGUUCAGCGUUGAUCAGACAGGAGUAGACCAAGAACUGCACCGUCUCCUAAUGCAGUCGGGUGCUUCUGCACACAUUGAGCAGCUGCACCAAGAGGAGAGACAGAGGGUGACACAUGCGUACCGCCUGCAGCAGCAAGAGGAGGAAGAGCAGCAGCGCCAGCAGCAGCAACAGCAGGAAGAACACGAGCAGGAGCAACAGCGUCUGCACCAGAGGAUGAUGUUUGAGAAAAUGCAACAGGUAAACAUUAGUCAGCAACAGACGCAACAAGCGCAAAACACGCAAACGCAUUAUCGUCAACCACCACCUCCACCAACUGGGCAUCCAUACAGAAUCGCAGAGCAGAGCACGAGAAGCAUUCGUAGGAAGCAGAGUGCACCUGCAUUUCGCAGCACACAAGCACAAAGCACUAGCAUGGGAGUGCAUCCAGCAGCUACUACGAGCAUGAACAUGAGCAUGGGUAUACAUCCAUCUGCUACCAUCGCAUACCCUCAAGCAUCGACGAGCAGCUUGGGUAGAAUUGAAGAAAGCCAACCUCAACCUCAAAGAGAGCCACAGAGCUUGCCUCAGAGACAGCCACAGCCAUAUGGCCAGCCUCAAGUGACUUCCAACGGCCAAAGCAGCUGCCAUAGAAAUGUACGCGGCAUAAAGUCUAAAAGACAAGGAGGGCCGCGUAAAGCCAUCUCAAUGCCGGCAAUUCGCCAGGUUUCAUCAAUUCAAGCUGAAGAUAAGAGUCAGCCUAAAAUGACCAAGUCGCCAGGUGGAAUAAGUUUCAUUAAUUUCACUCAAGAACAUGCAGAAGCCCUGAUUGCAGGAGUUGCACCCUCAGGCUCAAACAAGCGCAAGAAGAAAGCUGCUGCUGCUGCUGCUCAGCAGUAG